UAAUCAGCUGAGGCUUCAGUCCCCUCAUUCACACACAGGGAACUUUAGGGUGAUAAAAAAAAAAGAAAAAUACCUGCAUGACUGCGGCCCUGUGGUCGCAGUGUUAAUAAACAUUUUUUUUUUAAAUUAACAUUGAACCCGAUUGAAAUCCAGUGCAACUUUCUAGCACUGAAAGUUUUUUUAGCGUCAUACUUUACUUUCACUUUCGUGUGUAGAAUUUGUCCAGCGCGGGACACACAAGCACAGUGGUUGAAACAAAAUGGCUUGUUCCAAACAAGAUGCAAGCCAAAUGGAACAGGAGUUAACCUGCCCGAUCUGCUUGGAGGUUUUCUCCGAACCCAAGAUGCUGUACUGCGGCCACAACUUCUGCAGCUCCUGUCUAGAGGACGUGCUGCGAAAACAGGAGGAAAAGGGGGAGUACAGAUGCCCGGAAUGCAGCUGGGAGUUUCUGGAGAAGCCGACCCCGAAAAGAAACUUUAAGCUGGCCAACAUCGUGGCGAUGUUCGAGGCCUCGCAGCGGCCCUCUUCUUCUGACCCGAGAAAUACGACUGGCUGCGAUUUCUGUAGCGCCGUCGCCGAAAAGACCUGCUUAACAUGCGAGAUGUCGUUCUGCUUGCAGCACCUGAAACCGCACCUGGAGAAGCCCGCUUUGCGUCUGCACUGCCUGCUCGACCCCUCCGGAGAGCUGGCGGGUCUGAAAUGCGCGCAGCACGACGACGUGUUUAAGCUCUACUGCCGCGACUGCAGAAAGCUCGUCUGCACUUUCUGCGUGGUGGAAGAGGAACACAGGACCCAUUGCAUUAAACCGUUUAAGAAUGCGCAACGUGAUGUGAAGAAGGCACUGGGGGAAAAUCUUCUGCUGAUAGUUGACAAACUUGAAAUCUACAAAAACAGACUGCAGCAACAGGAAGAGCAGGAGUGCCAAUUAAAGAAACAUUUUGAAGGAAUCAAACGACAGAAGACUAGCUGUUUUGAGAAGCUCCAGCUCCACAUGCAGGAGUAUAAAACUCAGGUGGAGGAGUGCAUUGCAUCCGCGGAGGAUCAAGCCUGCAGGGACAUUGAGACCACUAUCCAGAGACUGACGCAGGAGUGCAGCGACCUGCAGGAGAUACGAACCUGCCUGGAGAACAUCGUGGCAGAAACUGAUCCGUUCCAGUGUAUCCGGGGGUUCCUCUCUGUGGAAGAAAGAGUAGAUAAGGCAGUACAGGAACAGCAUGGAGAGCUGGGAGCAACACCGCUUGAAAAGAACAGCCUCCUCCAAGACUGUGGACUGAAGCUUGAGAAGUUCAGAAGUGAAACUGAGAAACUGCACCAGAUUCUGCAAAGUGUGAAACUCAGGAUACAAGGUUUCCAGGAGCUGACAUUCGACCCCAACACGGCUUCUCCCAAACUGAUGCUGUCUGAGGAUGGCAGGACAGUGAGGGGUACUAAAGAGAGUCAGCCUCAGCCUGAUCACCCAGAGAGGUUUGACUACCACCCCCAGGUGCUGUGCACUCAGAGAUUCACCUCCGGGUUCCACUGCUGGGAGGUGGAGGUGGUGGAGUCUGGGAACUGGGCAGUUGGGCUGGCUAAUAAGACCAUGCCGAGGAAAGGUUGGGAUAACGGCGCCCUUCUGGGCUACAACGCUGACUCCUGGUGUGUGUACAGUGUCUUCAGUAGUCUGACUGUGUGGCACAACAACCAGAGGGAGGUGCCACUGCACACUGCAGCCCCGCGGAGAGUCAGGCUGCUGCUGGACUAUGACUCUGGGGAGCUGUCCUUUUACCACAUGGCCACUUCUCCCAUACUCUUAUACAGGUUCACAACCAAGUUCACGCAGGUUGUCUGCCCUGCCUUUUGGGCUGGUCCGGGGACAAAACUAACUCUUCAUGAAGGCUCUGAUCUUUGAAUGCAAGUAGUUUACAGACUGAGAGAUGGGUUCAUCAUUGGGAUUCCUGUGAGAACAGGACCAGAUACAGUUUGUAUAAACAUUUGAAAUGUCAAAAUCAUUUUUCCAUGUAACUUUGCAGUGCAAUUGUUAUUGUUAAAAAAUCGGCAUUUGACCAAUAGUAAAGGAACGCUACCUUCCUACAUAUUUUGGAGUAAUUAUUAACCCUUUGUUGCAUUGCAUCAGCGAGAUCAAGCAUGCUGUCACCAGUAUGUUUUUAAUUUAUAUAAUAAUGAGUAAGUGAAAUCUUUUUGGUUUUUAUUUUGCUACAAAUUCAUAAGGCAUAUUUUUUUAAGCUGUGGGACUAUAAAUAUCAUCAAAGAUCAAAGAAAAUCAACAACUAUAACAGAAAUAUAUAUAUAUUUUCACAGAAGAUGAAUUUAUAGAUACCCAAGUAUGUUAAACUAAAAUACAUUAAAAUAUAUUUGAAUUGUG